GCCGUUUUGCAAUUUGUCUUGAAUGUUUUUUUUUUUUUUUUUUAGUAUCUAUUUUAGAUAAUGAUAUAUUACAGGUUUUCUACUGACCAAUAUGAGAAAGUACCAUUCUUUAUUUUUGGAGACUGUAAUUUUUGCCUAGAUACCAAAGAUGCAAUACAGAAACUGACCAACCAAGCUGUUCCUGUCUAUGUCAAAAGUGCCCAAAAUGGAGAAGUUGAAAAAAUGUUGUAUAGAGAUCCAGGGAAUGAAAAUAAGAUUGAAUUUGAAGGUGAAACCACUGAUGGAAACUUUGCUCUUGAUGACGUCACCUUUUACGAUGGGAACUGUCAAACUCAUCCUGUAGAAGCAGCAGUGGAGCCCCCUCCAUCUGAGAAAUUCCAAGUGGUUUAAGAAACUGCUAAAAAAUGGAAAAGAAAAAUGCCGCUUUUAAAAUACAGAAUAUUUCUAAUUAAAGCAACCAAAAAAAUAUAAAAAUUAGGCUUACCAUGUUUCAUAAAGUGCCUUAUAUUUACUCCUGCAUCCCAUUACAGUGGCAAACUGAAAAUCAGAUACUUUCCUCAACCAUCUCUGCUUUGCGGCAAAUUUUGAUGCUUUGGAAAAGAUAUCGAUAUUACUUUCUGUCGUAUUGAAGGACAAGCUGAGACUUCAAAGAGGAAUCUGCCAUUAUUUUCAUGCAACUGUGGUAUCAGCCAGCUUUUUGUUGUCGCAUCUACGGCAUUUUCGUGGCAUUCGAAUAAAUCUUAGCAUGCCACAUAAAUAAAUGUCUGCUCAAUUCGCAAAGCUAUAUGUGAAACAAAUCUGACACAUUAAAAAACUGAAAUGUUUCACGUCAUGUAAUUAUAAAUAACCUUGUAUUUAAAUACAUUAAUACUAAAACUAUUUAAAAUUAUGACAAUUUUUAUACUACAUCAUUAAAAAAGAUAUCAGUUUUGCAAGAAA